AUGGGAAAAGGUGCGCGCACUAAACGUAGCGCCGGGCCUGUAGUGAAGAGGCAGCGGCAUGAGGUUAGGCACCGUGCGACUGAGGUUGACCCGGCGUUAGUGGAACGAUAUCGUAGUACGCGACAACCGGUAAAAAAGAGUCAGUUGUUUGAGGAACUGAGGGAACAAACAAAAGAUGCGAAACGGUUCCGACGUGAGGCGCGUGAGAGGGAGCGGAAGGUUCUCAAGGAGAACGCCCCUGCGAAGCCGAUUCCCAAAACAAAGGAGCGUAUGCGGCUCCCCGACGUCACGUUUGUGGAGGAUAAAAAUGAUGCUGAGAUUUUGCGUGAUGAGGCGGAUGAUGAAUUUGCGUCGUACUUUAAGGAAGGCCGCAAGCCGAAGAUUCUCAUUACAACCGGUGAGCACCCGUGUUUUCGAACCAAAUUGUUUGUCAAGGAGGCGCUCUGGUUGUUUCCUAAUUCCAUCUACCGACCACGUAAGAAAUACAACUUGAAGGAGAUUACUCAGUUUUGUAUCAACCGUGAAUUCACGGAUUUGAUAGUUGUGACUGAUCGUCUGAAAGAACCUUACAAUCUAAUCAUUUCACACUUACCUGAGGGACCCACGGCAAUGUUUCGGGUAUCAAACUUCAUGACACACGCGCAGUUGAAAGAUCCAGCACCGCGAACGGAGCACUAUCCCGAACUUAUUUUCAAGAACUUUGACACGCGAUUGGGUCGUCGUAUCAACCGCCUCUUAGAAUGUUUGUUCCCGGCAACGCGUGACUAUGAGGGUCGUGCUGUGGCGACCUUUCACAAUCAGCGUGAUUACAUAUUUAUGCGUACCCACCGUUACAUCUUUGACAGUUUAGAUGCCGUGCGCAUUCAGGAAAUGGGGCCACGCUUUACUCUUAGGCUUCUGUCGUUGCAGUCCGGAACAUUUGACACACAGUUCGGGGAGUACGAGUGGUUCCGCAAGAAGGAACAUGAUGACGACAAGCUGGAGUGGUACCUCUAA